GUUUUCCAAGAUGUCGGACGGCUCACUUCAAAAUGACGGCGGGAACGAAAUUGACGAUUCCGAGGCAACAAUGGUGUUUCAGUGCAGUAAAUGCAACACGAUUGUUGGUGAUUCUACAGCUUGGCUAUCGUGUAACACGGAGAUGGGCAGCGUUACUCUCAAUAAGGUGACAGAAAGUGUGGAGUCAAUGUCGGUUCUAGCAACAUCAACUAAAGGCGGGGAUCUUGGAAGCACAUAUGUAGGCCUCAGAUGCAAGCAUUGUAAAGAAAACCUGGGAAGAAUCUACAAGACUACACCACGUAACCUGGAUGACAUCAGAGAUCACUUUACUCUAAGCAUACCAAAGAUUAACAGUUACCAAGUGGGGAGUGGCGUUACCAACAACAACAAUGUUGACCUCUUAGAUAUUCCAGACCAACGCUAUCUUCUACUUCAAGUUAGAAAGAUCCAAGCUCUUGUGAUAGCAUUCAACUCUAGGAUACAAGAACUGGAACAUGCGAUUGGAAUCACUCAAAAUGACGGCACACAAGACAAUGGUCCAGAGCAUCAACAACAAGACACUAACACUCAAGAUGUCAAUCUGAAACAUUCAGACUUCGUAAACCAGUUGCCAAAUGAGCAUAACAAUGCCAGACCAAACCCAAUGGGGAGAUCUAGAAAAAUUCCAGAUGAAAAUCAAAAUACAAAUAAACAGUUGAACUCUGACAUGGAAGCUGGAAAUAAACCAAAGAGAAAGCGGAUUAAAUGAAUCUAUUCCAUAUAUACUACAACAUGAGUCACCAUGCUGUGUUUGACACAGUGAAAGCCUUUAUGAAAUGAUCAUUAGUGGGUUGAAAUAUGGAUUGUGGCAAGACAAAAGUUUGAGCUGACUAAGUCAUUAUUUGUUGCUAAAUCUGAAAUCCUGGAAAAUAAUAUUGAGCUGCAAGAUAUUACGAGGGGGGAGAUGACCAAAUCAAAACAAAACCAUGGGAAGCAAACGAUAGCAUAUAAAGAGAUAUAUACAUAUAUAUAACAGAGACCAAUGCCAUAGAUAUAUCUUUGUGGCAACAUCAGUUCAUUAAUAAGAAGAGACCUCAUUUAGAGUUAUGCAUUUAGUUUAAUACUUACCUUCAAUCAAUUUUGUUCUUGUUGUAAAUGUGUAAAUUCAUAUUUGUAUUUUGAUUCAGUAUCUGAAAUCCAACAUUUUGCACUUCAUUAUCAUGUUGGUUUUAGCUUUUUAUUUGUAUAAUUUUUCUAUUGAAAUAAGUAAUAGUAGAGGAUGGAUAUUAUUUUGCAAAGAGCAGCUUAUUACAAUAUGUUUCAAGUUCAACAAUAUGUUAAAUAUGUUAUUUGUAUAAACAUAUUGUGAUAUUAUCAUCACCACUCCGAUAAAGGACUGGUUUUGAACAUCAUUGUAUAUGAGCUAGGCCACAGGAAAAGGGGUCGUAUUACAGAUUUCUUCAAUGUUUUGAUUUCCUGUUUUUCUUAAGAAGCGCAA